AUGUCGAAGCUCGCGCGGCGGCUGGCAGACACGCGCCGCUGGCUCGACUCGAUCGUCAUCGGCCAACGCCUCUGCCCGUUCGCGCCGCCCGUGCGCCAGCCGCCCGCCCUUCGGCUCCGCGCCUCCGUCGCCGAAUGCUCUUGCGGGGUCGCCGCGGAGCUGGACGAGGAGGCCGCCGCGCUGAGGUUGGGGCUCGACUCGCCCGGUACCGAGGGCUCUCCUGAGACAUCGCUGCUUGUUCUGGGCGGGACGCUAGACAACGGCGCUCUCGGGUGGCGGGAGCUGAUCGCGCUUAGCUGGAAGCUCCAGGCGGAGGUCAUCGUCGACAGGGGCCACGCCGAGCACCUCCAGAUCGUCCUUUUUCAUCCGGCGGCGACACACAGCACCUAUGCCGAAGCGGGCGGCCCGGCCGACGCAGGCGACUUCACCAUUCGGUCGCCCCACCCCGUCGUGCAGCUCCUGCGCGAGGUCGACGUACUGGAGGGCGUGCGUAGCCACCCGGACGCCGAGGGCAUCCCUGGGCGGAACCGCGUGAGGCUGCGUGGCCAGGGUGUGGCCGCUUGCGAGGAGAGACUAAUGAGGUGUAUUGCUGCGGGCGAGGAGGCGUGA